UGACUGAAAAUGUAGAGAGCACACCUUCAUGGACUCAGGAAUCUUUUCAAAUGUUAUGCAUUUUCUCCUGACCGCUGCCACCCAUGCCAUCCGCCGUCUUUUUGUUAGCUCCAUCACAUGUGGCCCUUCAUUUUGUUUCCAGAAGAAGCAGAACACCAGCAAAGGUGGUAAGAAGAAGAAGCAGGUCCUUAAAUUCACAUUGGACUGCACCCAUCCUGUUGAAGAUGGCAUUAUGGAUGCUGCUAACUUUGAGCAGUUUCUUCAGGAGCGCAUCAAGGUGAACGGGAAAGCUGGCAACCUUGGUGGUGGUGUGGUCUCCAUCGAGAGGAGUAAGAGCAAGAUAUCGGUGUCCUCUGAGGUCCCCUUCUCCAAAAGAUACCUGAAGUAUCUGACCAAGAAGUAUCUGAAGAAAAACAAUCUUCGUGACUGGCUGCGCGUUGUGGCCAACACUAAGGAAAGCUACGAACUCCGGUACUUCCAGAUCAACCAGGAUGAAGAGGAGGAAGAGGACGAGGAUUAAACUGAAAAUUUCCACAUUUUUGUACAUUCAGUAAAUUGUUUAGAGUACAACUGCU